UGCAUCCGGCUGUUCUGCUCCCUCAGGGGUUCUCUGUUACAUUCAGGAUUUUUAUGUUCUCUUGAUUAAUUUCUCUAUCACUAUGAAAUUUCUUCCUUUACAAUGGUAAUAUUCUUUGCUUUGAAAUCUACUUUGCCUGAUAUUAAUAUUGCCACUUCAGCUUUCUCUUGAUUAAUACUGGUGUGGUAUAUCUUCUUCCUUUUAACCUUUUUUGUGGCUUUUUAUAUUUAAAGUGGGUUUCUUGUAAGCAGCAUAUAGUUUGUUCACGAGUUUCAGCCCAAUUUGAAAAUCUCUGUCUCUGAUUUGGGGUAUCCAGACCAUGUACAUAUACUGUGAUUAUUAAUUUAAACCAAAACCAAACCCAUUGCCGUUGAGUCGAUUUCAACUCAUAGCGACCCUAUCUUAUUAAUUUAGUUGGGUUUAAAUCCAUCACUUUGCUGUUUGCUUUAUAUUUGUCUGAUCUGUUCUUUGUUCCCUGUUCUUCUUUUUCUGCCUUCUUUUGGAUUAAUUGAUUAUUCUUGUUUGACUACAUUUUAUCUCCUUUGUUGACUUACUAGCUAUAUAUCUUUGUGUUAUUUUAGUAGUUGCUUUAAGGUUUGUAGGGGACACUUUGUGGCACACUCGUUAAAGCGUUUGGCUGCUAGCCAAAAGUUUGGUGGUUCGAACCCACCAGCUGCUCCACUGAGAAAUAUGUGGCAGUCUGCUUCCAUAACGAUUACAGUGUUGGAAACCCUAUGGAUCAGUUCUAGCCUGUCCUGUAGGGUCGCUAUGAGUAGGAAUCGACUUGACAGCAGUGGGUUUUGUUUUAGGGUUUGUAGUAUAAAUCUUUAACUUACCACAAUCCACCUUCAAGUGAUAUUAUAGUAACUCAUAUACAGUAUAAGAACCUUAAAAGAGUAUACUCCCAUUUCUUUCCUCUUGGCUUUUAUGCUAUUAUUAUGUUUAUUUUUAUUUUUGCUAUAAACCUCUUAAUUCACUGUUAUUAUUUUUGUUUCUUCAUGCAUCUACUACUUUUGGAUUAUAACCUGGAUGUUGUUAAGUGAUACUUUGUAGAGAUUCUGGAUUCUGUUAUUCCUAGAAAAUGCUGAUUUGUUUUGUUUUGGUUUGUUUUAUUUCAGUAGGCAGUUAUCUUGACCAAAUUUCACUCACUCCAAUCCCUGUCUUUCCAGCAUGGGCAGCAGCUAAAAUCUCUUUUCAAUUAUUUUAGCCUUAGCUGGGCUACUUGUAAUGUUCCCCACGCAUGCAUAGUAGAGAUUUGAGAUUUGGACAGUUUUUCCACAAAACUUGGGGCUUCCUGCUCUCAGAUUCUCUCCUAUCUGGAAUCCGCCUCUGCCACCCAACUUUCUAGCUGCUGUGAUCACCAUGAACCCUGCCUUCUGGUUCUUCAGGUUUUAACUGCUCCAUGUGGCACUAACUACUAAAAAGCCCUAAAAAGCAGAAAUUUCACCCAUGCCUUCCCUUCUUCCCAGUGUAGACUCCCCUAUAGUUUUUGCCUGAUUUUGUGCUCUCCUGUGCCUUCAGUAGUGUUUUUGUUUGUGUCCCUCUACAUCUAGGAACAGGAUUUUUUCAUUGUUCCGAAGUUCAUAUUUUACAGUUCCCACCGGAGACUAACUUGCUGUUUCUCAUUCUCUAAAUUCUAAUGCGGUAUUCCUGAGGAAGAGAAUCUGAUUGGCUUGUCUUGGGUCAGGUGUUGUCUUAGUCUCCUAGUGCUGCUGUCACAGAAAUACCAGAGUGGUGGCUUUAAAGAAUACAAAUUUAUUUUCUCACAGUUCAGGAGGCUAGGAGUCCAAAACCCGGUGUUGACCAGGUUGAUUCUUUCAGUGUUGGUAGGCCCAGGCAUUCCUUGGUUCCCUGAUGAUCCUCACAUGGCAUCUGUCUUCCCCUGUUGUGUGUGUACCUCUGUAUCUUUUCUGCUCUUUUUAUAACUCAGAAGUGCUUGGAUUUAGAACCACCCUACUCAAGUAUGGUCUAAUUAACAUAACAAAGAAAACCUAAUCUCUAAACACGAUCACAUCCACAGGCAUAGGGGUUAGGAUUCUAUCACAUAUUUUGGGGGACACAGUCAAUCCAUAACAAGUGUGUACCACUCCUCCAAUCAGCCUUGUCCAGUAGAGCAAGGUCACAUGAUUACAAACAUGGCUGCCCAGAGCUCCUCUAUGGAUCUUGGUAGCAACAAGGGUAGUUGAAAGGAGAAGGAGGCCGUUUCCAGAGAAAGUAAGGGACAGUCACUCUUCUGGCCCUUGUCACAAUCUUCUAGGCAUUAUAGAUGUUGGCAUGCAUACCAUCUCCUGUUAGCUUUUUGGAGGCAGAAACCAUGGCGUCCCUUUCUCCGUAUUACCUAAAAUAUCCUCUAUCUGAAAUUGUGUUUGUUGAAUAAUUUGUGUUUAUGGAAUAAAUGAGUGAAAGAAUACUUUCUUCUCUGAAAUGCCCUGCAUCUGUCUAAAUCUUCCCAUGCAAGGUCAUUUCCCUCAUGGCACUUUUCCUGAAAGCUCUUUUCUCUCUUUCCUUUAGGCUCUAGCACGCUUCGCUGUGUCACUCAUUUGAUACCUGCCAUCUUAUGUGGGGAGCCCUGGUGGCUCUGUGAUUAAGAGUUCGGCUGCUAACCAGAAGGUCAGCAGUUCGAAUCCAGCAGCCACUCCUUAGAAACCCUAUGGGGCAGCUCUACUCUGGCCUAAAGGGUUGUUGUGAGUUGGAAUCUACUUGACAGCAAUGGGUUUGGGUUUUUGGUGUCUUAUGUGGUUAUGUUUUGUGUCCCCACUGAGACUGUAAAACUUCUGGAAGGCUUAGGAUAUGCAUUUGUUUUAUCUUUCACGAUUUUAGAGUUUCUGCCCUUCCUGGGGAGUUGAGAACACUAACCUAUUUGGUUGUGGGUCAUGAAGGCAGGUGGGGGGUCUGGUCUGCAGGUAGAACAGGAAGAACAGUCUGGAGCUACAGUCAUUUAGGGGGGAAUCCUUGCUUGGUGGUGGCCAAGAAGACAACCAGAUGCAAUCAGUGUGAGAGACUCAGAACAAACAGGAGGUCAGGUGAUAGAGUCAGCCUGGGGAGGGUCUGAAGGAGAGCAAGCCAAGCUUUCUGGACAGGUCAAGGUGAGCAGGCAGGACUGGGGCUGAGAAUAGCAAUUACAGCCAGAGCACCUUUCCAAGGGGUGUCUGCCUUACAGUGCUCCUGGGAACCUUACACUCGGUCGCUAGCACAGAGCCCUGCAUGCAGUGAGAGGUCACCAUUUAUUUCCUGGGUCCUAAGUGGCAUUUUAAUCACCACAGAAGCCAGACGUAUGUCACAGCAGAAAGACAAGCUAUUGCACGUAGAAUAUUAAGCGUGUGUUCAUCCUUGCAAUUCCAGUGUGCUUAUUUAAUUCCACACCUUAGACGGAUUAAAAAAAAAAAAAGACGGAUAGAAGCUUCCAUUUCCAUCUGGCCCACGGAAGGAUAUGAAAGAUUAAAGCAACAGAAACAGCGGAGAGAGGAGAAACUUCAGCCAGAUCCCAUUUUUCGAAAGCUCAAAGUCCCUGAAGCAUUUAUCUGCACAGAUAGCCGUCUCUGUAUGGAUCAGAUCUGCACACAGAGUGCCCUCUGCGUGCAGGUGCUUCACAAACAAGAACGCUGUAGACUCUGCACCCCCAAGAUACACGACUGGUGGGUGAGACUGCUCCUCUUCUUUAACAAUUUGGAUGUUUAAUUGCUGAUUUUUUUAUUUUCACUCGUGGUGGUGUUUUGAAAACCCUGCAGCCAUUUCCAGUGGCGGCGAUUCAGCUGAAGCUCUGAAGGGGAUGCUCCACACACCUUCUCGUGGGUCCCAGAGGCAGCUGUGCUGAAUAAUUAUGGCUCCUGAAAUUCUCCUCAGCCACUAGAAGCAUCAUCCGUCAGCAGUCUUCUGUUCUCGUGGUGAUGGAGCCCCCUCUGUUCUUUCUGUGACUGGAGCAAUGCUGACCUCGGUUUCCUGGACCCAUUCUGACUCAGAAGAACCAAGAGCUGUGAGAAGAAGUGAACGCAACCUGCUUGGCUAGGAAGACCUGCUGUGGGAGCCUUCACGUAAAUGGGUCCAGUCAUGCCUCCCAGUAAGAAGCCAGAAAGCUCAGGAAUUAGUGUCUCCAGUGGACUGAGUCCGUGUUACCGGGGCAGCGCUUUGUCCAAGGCUCUUCAGGAAGACGAUGACCUUGACUUUCCUCUGCCUGAUAUCCGAUUAGAAGAGGGGGCCAUGGAAGAUGAAGAGCUGACCAACCUGAACUGGCUGCACGAGAGCAAGAACCUGCUGAAAAGCUUCGGGGAGUCAGUUCUCAGGAGCGUCAGCCCCGUCCAGGACCUGGACGAUGACACCCCCCCGUCACCUGCCCACUCGGACAUGCCCUACGAUGCCAGGCAGAACCCCAACUGCAAACCCCCCUACUCCUUUAGCUGCCUCAUAUUUAUGGCCAUCGAGGACUCCCCGACAAAGCGCCUGCCAGUGAAGGAAAUCUACAACUGGAUCUUGGAACAUUUUCCGUAUUUUGCAAAUGCACCUACUGGGUGGAAAAACUCAGUGAGACAUAAUUUGUCAUUGAAUAAGUGUUUUAAGAAAGUGGACAAAGAGAGGAGUCAGAGUAUUGGGAAAGGGUCAUUGUGGUGCAUAGACCCAGAGUAUAGACAGAAUCUAAUUCAGGCUUUGAAGAAGACACCUUACCACCCGUACUCGCCCGUGUUCAGUACACCUCCAACGUCUCCUCAGGCAUAUCAAAGCACAUCAGGUCCACCCAUCUGGCCGGGCAGCACCUUCUUUAAAAGAAAUGGAGCCCUUCUGCAAGAUCCUGACAUUGAUGCUGCCACUGCCAUGAUGCUUUUGAAUACUCCCCCUGAGAUACAAGCAGGUUUUCCUCCGGGAGUGAUCCAGAAUGGAGCUCGGGUUCUAAGCCGAGGGAUGUUUCCCAGCGUCCGGCCAUUGCCAAUCACUCCCAUUGGAAUGACGGCAGCCAUGAGGAACGGCAUCACCAGCUGCCGGAUGCGGACUGAGAGCGAGCCAUCGUGCGGCUCCCCGGUGGUCAGUGGCGACCCCAAGGAGGAUCACAACUACAGCAGUGCCAAAUCCUCCAAUGCCCGGAGCUCCUCCCCGGCCAGUGACUCCAUCUCCUCCUCCUCAGCCGACGACCACUACGAGUUCGCCACCAAGGGCAGCCAGGAGGGCAGCGAGGGGAGCUUCCAGAGCCACGAGAGCCACAGUGACACGGAGGAGGACGACAGGAAACACAGCCAGAAAGAGGCCAAGGAUGCCCUGGGAGACAGCGGGUAUGCGUCCCAGCACAGGAAGCGACAGCACUUGGCCAAGGCGAGGAAGGUCGCCAGCGACACACUGCCCCUCAAAAAGAGACGCACGGAAAAGCCACCUGAGAGCGACGACGAGGAGAUGAAGGAGGCGGCAGGGUCGCUCCUGCACUUGGCGGGGAUCCGGUCCUGUUUGAAUAACAUCACCAAUCGGACGGCAAAGGGGCAGAAAGAGCAAAAGGAAACCACAAAAAAUUAAAAACAAGUCACUGAUUUGUUUUGAACUUCCGGCCAUUUGGUUUCAGCAUGUCAGGAGAUUGCUAAUGAUUUGUGGCAAUAUCAGCAAUUUAUUAAUUUUUUUUUUUCUUUUUUGGUUUGGUUUUCUUUCUUUUCUUUUCUAUUUUUUUUUUUUAAUUUGCCCCUCUCCUUUGUUUUUGGACCCUUAAGAAUUUUAUUUUUAAAGGAGAUUGAAGCCAUAGAACUCACAUUGACACUCAGCUGUUUUACAAAAAGCUUUUCAUUCUCUGAAGACAAAACCGAAAAAGCCAAAAUGACCGUUGCUUCCUCCAACUUGUCAGAAACGCGUGGCUGAACCCACAGGGAUGUCACCGUUAAUGCCACGGGAGAUACAUCAGCACCUAGAAGGCACGUGUGGCAAGUAGUCAUUGUUCAGGCCCAACCCUUUGGUUUAAAGAAUCCCUGAGUGAAUGUGCAGGAAGUGACUGGGAGCAGGGAGAAGGCCCUCGUCCCCCUAGGAGCAGGCCCAGGCUUGUGGCACUAGGUGUCGAAUUGUGCUGGGAAGGCCUUUGUUGGGGGUCGGCUACCAGUCCCCUGUGCUGCUUACAAGGUGGACACUGGACUGUUCCUGUAAGUCAGAUGUCAGUGAGUCAGGAGGAGAAAAUGGGGUAAAUUUUUAGUGAUGUUGCUAAUCAUUGAAUUCUGUUCUGUAUUAAAUUAAGAAAAUGUUCUAGAAGCCAUAAGCCUGAAGGUUGGCCCUGCACACACACACACACACCACACACCACACGUACACACACACGAGAGAAAGAGAGAGAAAACUGAUGGAGAAAACAAGCUAUGUCUUCUUAACUGAGCAAGUGAAAAGCAAUCAAAUCCAAGAAAUUGUAAUAGCUGUUAAGGAAG